ACAGAAAGCACGGGGACGCCGGCUGACCCGGAAAUUAUUUAGUUACAUUUCCGGGUUAAGGCGACGCUGGUUACCAGGGAGAUGACUCGGCGUCCGUCUUCACCUGGUUAAAGUCUCUUAGCGUUAUUGAUUAACAUAGACACUACUUCCAGUCGGAGCACUUUGUAAAACUAAAACAAAGAGCUUUAGCCGUCUUGACCGAUGAAAAUGCCGGUAAAACCAAGAAAGAAAGCUCAGUCCAAGGAAAAAGCAACAAUUAUUGAAGUUUUCAAUGUGCAUGUCAUCUUUCCCAAUCAAGACAGAUAUGAUGGGGAAUGCACAAGAACUGAAGGUGGUGCACUAGAGAGAAACGGAUUUGGAACUCAUACAACACACAAUGGUAUAGUAUACACAGGGCAAUGGAAAAAUGACAAGAUAAAUGGCACUGGAAGACUGGAACAUCCAUCAGGUGCAAUAUAUGAAGGAGAAUUUAAAGACAACAAAUUCCAUGGGACAGGCACCUACACGUGGCCAAAUCAAUUCAAAUAUAUUGGGAGCUUCAAUGAGAACAAAUUGGAAGGGGAAGGCAAGUUCAUAGAUUCAGAAGGCUAUGAAUGGGUUGGCACAUUUCAUUACAGAGCUGCACCAGGGCUGAAAUUGAAAAUGGAUAUGUAAUCCCUGACUGGAUGAAACUUGUUCCUGGAACAUUGGCAUGUGAUCACAUUUCUGUAUGCCAUUUUCUUUUAAAUAUCUUAAGUAUUCUUUGAAAUACUUAUUAUGCAACUAAAACAUUAAAGUAAAAAUAUAGUUUUAUUUUUCAAAGAAACUAACUUAUACAAAUUCUGUUUAGUUUAAAUGAAAUCAUUCAAUUGGUUGGUUCUAACAUGUUUAAUAAAACAAUACAAUACUAACUGGGA